CGAAUGGUGUAAGUUAGAUUACACAAAUUCUGUUUUCUUGUUGAUUUAAUGUGCUUUGAAUUGUGAACUAUAUUUGUUCUCUACAAGAUUUAAAAUGAAAACUAAAAUUGGCGGGAUGCUAGUCUUUUGCGCUUUUUUGUUGACAUGCGAGGUGCUGAUGUUGAUGACCGCCAGCUUAGGGAUGACCUGAUGACAAUGCUAAUCGCUGGACAUGAAACUACAGCUGCUGUUCUUACUUGGUCUAUUUUCCUUCUUUCUCAGAAUCCUUCCAAAAUGAAGAAGGCUCAAGCUGAAAUAGAUGCAGUAUUAGGCAAGGGAAGAGUAACCUUUGACUCACUUAAAAAAAUUGGAGUAUAUAAUCUUCAUAGAUCUCCAUACUUCUGGGAUAAACCUGAUGAAUUUGAACCAGAGAGAUUUUUAGUGCAGAGAAAAAGUGAAGAUAUAGAAGGAUGGAAUGGCUUUGAUCCAUCUCGGAGUCCUGGAGCUCUGUAUCCUAAUGAGAUUGUAGCAGAUUUUGCGUUCUUGCCUUUUGGUGGUGGACCGAGAAAGUGUGUGGGAGACCAGUUUGCUCUAAUGGAAUCUACAAUCUAAUCAAAGCUCUUGCUCUAAUGGAAUUCGUUGCCAAACAUAGCCUCUAUGAUGGACAUAAUCUGUGUAUUUCACAUAGCAAGUGUUCUGCCUCCAUGUCCAUGUUAUUCUACUUACAAGUUACAAACGCUGCAAUGUCACAUUUGAAGAGCCUUCAUGAUCUUCAUCGGUUCGUUUGCUGUCAAUAAAUUCUGAACACAGUUAAUCACUAGCUACUUGCCAUCAGUACUUAGGCCUCGAUUUGAAGAGGGGUUUAUCUAAAUUCUUUUUUUGCCGGUGAACAUUGUUGCCCUCCUACAAGCUAAUUAAGACCAGUUCAUCUCACAAGUUGUCUGUCUAUAGUGUUCAUUACCCCGAAGCAAAUACAAAGGCCAGCCUGUUCGUCUUUUUGAAGUACCAUAGUGCUACAAGCAGAAUGCUAUUUAAGACCUACUUGAUGCCCUCUUUGUGUCCAUCUUUGACCAAUUGAAUUAGAACUUCCAGCACUUACUGGGAACUAUUCCAAGGCACGAUCAUCUCUCUCAAAAGCCCGAGGAAUGAAGAUGUUCACUAAUACCCUAAGGGAAUUUGAACAUGUGACCUAUUGUAACAUGCUCUCAAUGUUAACCUCUAAGCCUAGACUUCAUUGGUAAAUACCUGGAUGAGAUAUAACGUAAUCAAGCCUUCGCUUCUAAUGUGUGAAUACUUGCUUGGUAAUUUCAUUACAAGUUAGAUUCA